AGCCGGGAAAGGAGUUUUUUCAGCCAUGAAGCUUGGCAAGACACGUCCAUCGAAGGAUGACCAUCGGAAACAAGAUGAGCCCGCUGUUUUGGAGGCAGAAGACCUGGACCGAAAAGCCAUGAGACAGGGCUGUGGACUGGAGCCAGACACCAUCUCCUUGGCCUCCGUCACGGCUGUCACCACCAAUGUCUCGAAUAAGAGGUCCAAGCCUGACAUCAAAAUGGAGCCGAGUGCUGGGAGGCCAAUGGACUACCAGGUCAGCAUCACCAUCAUCGAGGCCCGGCAGCUGGUUGGGCUCAACAUGGACCCCGUGGUCUGCGUGGAGGUUGGAGAGGAAAAGAAAUACACAUCCAUGAAGGAAUCGACCAGUUGCCCUUACUACAAUGAGUACUUCGUCUUCGAUUUCCACGUGCCCCCAGAUGUCAUGUUCGACAAGAUCAUCAAGCUGUCUGUGAUCCACUCAAAAAACCUCUUGCGCAGUGGGACUUUGGUAGGCUCCUUCAAGAUGGACGUUGGAACAGUUUAUACUCAGCCCGAGCACCAGUUCUACCACAAAUGGGCCAUCCUUUCCGACCCUGAGGAUCUCACUGCCGGGCUGAAAGGUUACAUAAAGUGUGACAUCGCCGUGGUAGGGAAAGGGGACAACAUCAAGACACCACACAAAGCCAAUGAGACGGAAGAGGAUGAUAUUGAAGGGAACCUCCUCCUCCCAGAUGGGGUCCCUCCGGAGAGGCAGUGGGCUCGUUUCUACAUCAAGAUCUAUCGAGCGGAGGGGCUGCCCCGUAUGAACGCCAGCAUCAUGGCCAAUGUGAAGAAGGCUCUCAUCGGGGAGAACAAGGACUUGGUAGACCCCUACGUGCAGGUGGUCUUUGCAGGGCAGAAGGGGAAGACAUCCAUACAAAAAAGCAGCUAUGAGCCUCUCUGGAAUGAGCAAAUAAUUUUCACAGAAAUGUUCCCCCCAUUGUGCAAGCGGAUAAAGAUCCAGAUCCGAGACUCGGACAAAGUCAACGAUGUGGCCAUUGGUACCCACUUCAUUGAUUUGCGGAAGAUCUCUAACGAAGGAGACAAAGGCUUCCUGCCCACCUUUGGCCCGGCGUGGGUGAACAUGUACGGGUCCACCCGGAACUACACCCUGAUGGACGAGCACCAAGAACUGAACGAGGGUCUGGGAGAAGGCGUCUCCUUCAGGGCCAGGCUUCUGAUGAGUCUUGCUGUGGAGAUCUUGGACACCACCAACCCGGAGAUCAACAGCUCCACUGAGGUGCAAGUCGAGCAGGCCACAUCAAUUGCUGAUAACUGCACUGGGAAGAUGGAGGAGUUCUUUCUCUUUGGAGCCUUCCUGGAAGCUACCAUGAUCGACAGGAAGAUCGGUGACAAACCCAUCAACUUCGAAGUCACAAUAGGUAACUAUGGGAACCAGGUUGAUGGCAUGACCAAACCCAUCCUACGGAGGAAGAAAGAAGGAGGGGAUGGGGACAUGGAGCAGUCCGAGCUGCUCCAGAAUUCAAGUGAGGAUGAAGGUGAUGAAGAUGGAGAGCUGGUCUCUGUUUCCUCAUCUCAACCUGUGAAGCCCCUGGUCACAGACAGGAACUACUUCCACCUGCCAUACUUUGAGAAGAAACCCUGCAUCUAUAUCAAGAGCUGGUGGCAGGACCAGCGCCGCAGGUUGUACAAUGCCAACAUCAUGGACAAGAUUGCGGACAAGCUGGAGGAAGGGCUGAACGACGUGCAGGAGAUGAUCAAGACGGAGAAGCCGCACCCGGAGCGCCGGCUCCGAGGGGUCCUGGAGGAACUGAGCAAUGGGUGCUUGCGCUUCGUGACGUUGGCUGACAAGGACCAGCACCACUCUUCCCGCACGAGGCUGGACCGGGAGAGACUCAAGUCCUGCAUGCGGGAGCUGGAGAACAUGGGGCAGCAAGCCACGACUCUGCGGUCGCAGGUGAAGAAGAACACCAUGAAAGACAAGAUGAAGCUGGUGCAAAACUUCCUGCAGAAACUCCGGUUCUUGGCGGACGAGCCCCAGCACACUAUUCCCGACAUUUUCAUCUGGAUGAUGAGCAACAACAAGCGCAUUGCCUACGCCCGCAUCCCUUCCAAGGACAUCCUCUACUCUAUUGUGGAUGAGGAGAUGGGCAAGGACUGCGCCAAAGUGAAGACCAUCUUCCUUAAGCUACCUGGGAAGAGGGGCUUUGGACCUGCUGGCUGGACAGUUCAGGCCAAGAUGGAGAUGUACUUGUGGCUGGGCCUCAACAAACAGCGCAAAGACUUCCUGAGUGGCCUGCCCUGUGGUUUUGAGGAGAAGAAGACCACCAGAGGCCAAAAUCUGCCUUCCUUCCCGCCCAUCAGCCUCCUUUACACCAAGAAGCAGGUUUUCCAGCUGCGAGCCCACAUGUACCAAGCCAGGAGUUUAUUUGCAGCCGACAGCAGUGGCCUUUCAGACCCCUUUGCACGAGUCUUCUUCAUCUCCCAGAGCCAGUGCACAGAGGUUCUCAAUGAGACCCUUUGCCCGACCUGGGACCAGCUGCUGGUUUUCAACAAUGUGGAGCUGUAUGGAGAAGCUCAUGAGAUGCGGGAUGACCCUCCCAUAAUUGUCAUUGAGAUCUAUGACCAGGACACAGUGGGCAAAGCUGACUUCAUGGGCCGCACCUUUGCCAAACCAGUGGUGAAGAUGUCGGAUGAGCACUACUGCCCUCCACGCUUCCCCCCGCAGCUGGAGUACUACCAGAUCUACCGGGGCAACUCCACAGCCGGUGACCUGCUGGCUGCCUUCGAGCUGCUCCAGAUUGGCCCUGGGGGCAAGUCAGACCUGCCCCCAAUCGACGGCCCAACAGACAUGGACCGGGGCCCCAUCCUGCCAGUGCCACUGGGGAUUCGGCCAGUGCUGAGUAAAUACAGAGUGGAGAUCUUGUUUUGGGGGCUGAGGGAUCUGAAGAGAGUGAACCUGGCCCAGGUGGACCGGCCCCGUGUGGACAUUGAGUGUGCUGGGAAGGGGGUCCAGUCAGCCCUCAUCCAGAACUACAAGAAAAAUCCCAACUUCAGCACUUUGGUCAAGUGGUUCGAAGUGGACCUCCCAGAGAAUGAGCUUCUCCACCCACCCCUCAACAUCCGGGUGGUGGACUGCAGGGCUUUUGGGCGUUACACCCUGGUGGGGUCCCACGCCGUCAGCUCCCUCCGAAAGUUCAUCUACCGCCCACCAGAUAAGACAGCCCAGCACUGGAAUAUGACAGCUAAACAUCUCAAUGGCUAUCUGCCAAUGGCCAACAGGGCCCAUCGCUCUCGCCCCACAGGGGAGAUCAUUGUCAAUAUGGAGCCUGAGGUUCCCAUCAAGAAGAUGGAGACGAUGGUGAAGCUGGAAGCU